AUGGAUGCGUCAUUGCGCCGUAUUUGUACUCCGAAACCUGGGUCGGGGCGGCUUGAGGUGUCCAUGGAAAUUCACCGGCAAUGGAAAGCUGGUGGUGCCCAAAGAAAAUGCCUCUUAAAUAUGCUUAUCAAAGCCAAUGGCAACAAGGAUGAGUUCAAGAAACAAAUCGAGCACAUGCAGAAGAAGUCCCGGAGAUCCAAGAUUCAUGUUGAAAGAGGUUUUUACUCCAAAGAAACAAUGAAGACCAAGCUUGGAUGGAAACCGGACCGAAUCAAAGCUGCUGUGGCGUAUUGCGCCCACCCUUCCAGAGCCAAGACCUAUAUAAGGCGAGACAAAUACCAGCAAGACUUGAAGGAGUACUGGGUUGAUGUCGAAACAACGGGAAGCUUUGAGGAUGAGAAUGAGGAAUCCUUCACGGAGAAAACUUCGGGGGAAGGGAUUGCCGAUGGUUUCGACCUGGGGCUGGCACCAAUUGAAUCCACUGCCCACGAUGCAGGUGGGGAGCCUGACGAGGUCACAGACUUGGAGGAUGAGGAGGAUGAUAGUGCAUCUUCGAAGGCAAAGCUGAAGGUUCCCUCAAAGAAUGAUGUUGAACAGGAGCAUCAUCUUGAGGCCAUUGAAAAUGUCGGCAAUGUGAUGGCCAACAUGCUGAAAGUGCAGUCAAAAAUGGAAGUGGCCCGAGACAAGUUGGCGGCUCUGGGCACUAAAGAAUCUUCGGAGAGUCAGCAGAAGGUGGAAACUUUCCGUGGCAAUCUGAUGAAGCUUCAUGAUGAGUUGGCCGACCUGAAGUCCUACUUUGAUGGCCAAAAGGGAAGCCUUGAUGACACGAAGGUCGCUUCCCUCCACAGCCUCGUGCAGAAGAUCGCAAAGUCCAAUCCCCGAAAGCGCAAAUCUAAGCAGAAGGAUGGAGAUACCGGUGACACUGGAAAGCCUAAGCCAACAAAGAAAAAGAAACGCACUCAGGAUCGAUGGACCGAGUGGCCUUUGAGAUAUGUCAAUUUGCUGGCACGUGAAGCUGUAGCCACGUGUCCUCCUCCCGUGGGCAAGUUCAAGGGCAUCAAGCGCCAUGGUCCUGCUGGGAAAGCAUUGGCUGCCGCUGUGGCCGGUGGUGUUCCGGGGUAUCAGAAACAGAAGCCUGCUCCAUUGCACGAGCUUUUUGGGAGGAGUUUUCACCGCACCUACAGAACCCUGAAAAGAUUGCGAGUGCAAACCUCGUACAACUCGCUCAAUUUCGAAGCUUCUGGUCACAGUGGAAGCAGUUGCAUCCACGCCAUCCAGUUUUUGAUACCCAUCGGGGCCGUGAAGGACAAUGUGGGAUGGUUCAAGGGGGCUGACACGGUGUGCAUCUUGGAGUUCCUGGAGUCACGGAUUGGUGGCGAUCUGAUCGCUAUGAGUGAAUCUCGCAAGCCCAUUUUCCUUGAGAUCCAUGCUACAAUUAGUGCAGCCAAUGCAUUCAUGAGGUGCAUGUACAGAGCUGGGCUGUGGCUUUCUCAUGAGGAAAGGGAUUUCCUGCUGAAGGCUGGAACUAGAUGUGUGAAUUCUUUCCUCCGAUGUGCCCUAAGGGCAUUCAAUGCUAGUGCCACGCGAUGGAAAUUCAUGCCGAAAUUUCAUCUUUUUGGCGAAUGGUUAUUCACCAUGGAGAAACAGAAACGCCUUGGGCUACCAAGCCCCAAUUUACUGAUGUUUUCCUGCCAAAUGGACGAGGAUUACGUCGGGCGAAUUGGUUCUAUCUCCCGGACCGUUUCCUUGAGGACUGUACAUACACGUACCCUCACCCGCUACCUGAUUGCCUUGGUGGCGAAUUGGGGGUGA